AUGUCCCGAGACCACAACCACCCCUCCGUGCACCCUACAGCAACUUCAAAUGUGAGGAUUGCCCUCAAUUUCAAGCCAAUGUGGCAUCCAUUCGAGACUAACCGUUCCCAGUCAUCUACAUCAGCCACAAAUGGCAUCAAGCCAGCGAGCUCAGGUUCAUCAGCUAACAGCACCGGCACUGUAACUGUCGCCGUCGUCGUGGGUCUUCUCCUAUUGACGAUCAUCGUUUACAUCACUAUUACGGAAUACCGCAAGAUGAAUACAACAGAAGGCUUGAGAGGACAAAGGAAGACAAAGAGCGGGCAUUGGUAG